CUGACUGGGGUACCAUAAAAACAGAUACUAGAAAACAGAACAAAGGAAGCCCGAUCGCCUCAUGCUCUCUGGCUCUCUAGACUCUAGCCUGCGUGACCAGCUUGUGCUCCAUUCUACCAGAGCAGACAUGGGUAUGGAGCGUGUCAUUCCAGGCCGUCGAGGGAGGUGUCCAGCAGUGUGUGCAGUGCUGGUGAGUGUCCUGGCACUGGUGGGGGUCUGGCUACUGGACCCCACGCUCUUCAGAGAAAUGGGUGGACUCUGUGCCCUCUCGCUGAGCCUGGGGCCGGCAUUAUACAGUCUCUGUUUGCUUAUGGAGGAGUGCCUGUUUCACUCGCAUCAAAGGUAUGGAGGGAAAAUCCAGCGCAUGCUUCAGGCCUGCUGCAGCACGGCUACGCUAGCAGGUGUGCUAAUGGUGGUAGCGACUCUGCUCGUGAGAGGAUCCGCAUACACGCUGGGGCAGUGGGCUACAGUGGGCCUAACCUGUGCCAUCUACCUUCUGUUCAAGGCACUGGGAGUCCUGGGACCUUCAGCAGUGGAAAUCUCAGAAGUGUGUGAAAGCAGGAACCUGAACGUAGCCCACGGCCUAGCCUGGUCCUUCUACUUGGGCUAUCUGAAGCUCGUACUACCAGAACUGCAGGAGCUGGUGAGUAAAGACUACAACCUCACCAGGGACAAGCUCAUCUCCAGUCGACUGCACAUCCUCCUGCCAAUGAAUGCAGUGGUCACAGCCAGACUGGAAGAGGAGGACCACAAUGUGCGUUUCCACCGGAACCUUCCGGAGCUGCGGCUGGACCGGGCUGGGGUCAGGGGCAGGGUUUACAAACAUAGCGUCUACAAGAUCACCGACCAGAACCAAAAGGAGUACUGCUGUGUGGUGGAGUAUGCCACUCCACUGCUGACCCUGUACCAGAUGUCCCAGGACGACACCGCUGGGCUAGGCGAAACAGAAAGACGCCAGCAGGUGCUGCUCUUCUACAGAGCUCUGAGCCAUAUUCUGGAGAAUUCUCUGGAAUGCCGGAAUCGCUAUUGCCUCGUCCUGCUGGACGACAAGCACGCUGGUGACAGUCAUUACCUGUCCAAGGAGCUGACGAGGUGUGUGCUGCAGGAAAGGCAGGAGGUUCCCAUGGAGCUGCCCCCCAGGCUGGUGCUAGCCAUGGAAGAAGAGGGGGGGAAGGCCACUCCCGUGCAGCCCCAGCUUGCCGGCCGCCAGGGGGGCCCGCACAGUUCUCUCCCCAGCCUUAUGAUCAGUGGCCCCAGGACGCUGAGAUCAGAGCCUGGGGAGAACACAGACUACCCCCAAAACCACCAACCCAGAUGUACAUAAGACAUCACGUUCACAUGAAAAUGGUCUUGUGUAAUGCAACAUUUGUAAAAAUAAAAUGACAAUACAGACUUUACAUGCAACCUGUUAUUACAAAAUUGGACAGGAUUUUUUUUUUGUUGUUGUGUGCGGUCGUUUUUGUAUGUUUGUUUUUUUAGAUAUAGGGACAUUUCCAGGUGUAUCACAUCUGAAAAUAACCACUGAAAUUAAUGUGAAUUAAACCACAAAUUAUAUUA